GUUUUAUUACGAUUACCACAAAUGGAUAGACGGGUCGACCGUCUAAGUGGUGGCGAACGACGUCUGGUCUCUCUGUCCGCAGCACUCAUUCACUCACCGAAGCUCUUAAUACUGGAUGAGCCGACCGUAGGGGUCGACCCCCUUAUAAGGCACCAGAUAUGGGGCUAUUUGGAGGACCAAUGCCUCAAAAAUGACACAACAGUCAUAAUAAGCACUCACUAUAUGUCUGAAGCGAUAAACGCCGGAACCGUAUGUUUCAUAUCCAACGGCCAAUCUGUAGCCUAUGGAGCGCCACAACAGCUUCUUAUAGACUACCGGUGCCACACAUUGGAUGACGUCUACUAUAAUUCCUGUCAAGAUAUUGGCAAAACUCCACAUAACAUUCCCAUUGCUAUCGUGAACCGGGAAUCCAAUGGGACGGCACUACUGUCCCACCAAUUCGUAGACCUAUUGGACAGUAAAUUGUUUUUCAAACGCCUGUACGACACAAACACAACGGCAUACGAGUCGGUGGUGUUGGGCAAAAACAUACUGUCCAUUGUAUUGGACGAGGAGUUUAGCCAUAAGUUUCAUCAACUAAUCGCUGAACCCUGGGAUGUUGAUUACGACGAUGAAAGUAGCUUGGUCAAAUUGCACGUGGAUAUGACUGACUCAAUCAGAGCUCAGCCUAUUAUGGCCGAUAGAGUCAAUGCCAGGGGUACUAAAGUUUGUGGCACAGUAUAUGCCCCUAACAGGUGCGGUCACAUCCAUGCGCUACGUCGCUGUCAAUGGUUUAUCGGCGUUAACUAA